UAUACUCCAUAUUAUUGUAUAUUAGUGCUAGUUACUUUAUUUUAUGAUAUACUAAUAUUUUAAAAUGUCAACUAUUGAUAAAAAUGUUCCUGAGUCAGAAGACGUUACAGAAAGAUCUUCAUCAGCAACAGCCUUUUCUGAUCUAUUUAGCUCUAAAGGUCCAAAUAAAAGUCCAGUUGACCCUUUAAAAUUAAAAUUAAAUCGAAACAAAUCAUUAAAAGAUAUGGGUUAUGAUAUAAAUAGGAUUACCUGGGAAAGCAAUAAAUUUCCACCUAAAACGGAUUUAUAUAAAUCAGUAUGUGAUUGGUUCAAGAAACCUGAGAGUAGCGACAUGACUAUUAAUAUCGAUAACUUUAAUUUUAAAUGCAAUAAAAUAGUGUUAUGGACAUACUGCAAAUACUUUCGCAAGAACCCAGAUUUAGUCUCUUUAGACAUAUCGAAUGACUUUAUGUCUCCUAUGGAAUUCCGUACCUUAUAUAAUUGGAUGCUUGAGGAUAAACCAAAGAUUUUUCAUGACAGCUUGCUUUCCAUGCUGACUGCAGCAAUAGCUUUUGGUAUUAAAGAUUUAAAACUGCAAUGUUGGAGCUUACUGAGUAAUGACGAUAUGUACAAUGAAGAAAAUGCAUUCUUUAUGUACUUAAAAGCUCGCAAAUUCAGUCUUCCACAUGUAAGGAGAGUAAUGCUAUCAAGAAUUAAAAAAUUUUUCUUGCCUCUUGUGUCCUCUAAAGAAUUCGUAGCUUUAAAUAUUAGUGAUUUGAAAUGUCUUAUGAAAGGUAAUAGCUUCGCGGUUAACAGAGAAAUUGAGAUUUUCUAUUCACUCAUACGUUGGUUGAGCUAUGACUGGGAUGAACGAGAGCCAUAUGUAACACAGGUAAUGCGCUUAGUGCGAUUUAAUAAUAUGUCGUGCCCAAAUUUACUGCAUUUAAAGCAUUACUUUAAAAGUGGAGAAGUCAAUAGAGUUACAUAUCGCGAUGAAAUUCAAAACAAAAUUCAACAAAACUUAGAAGCUGCUGUUGUUAAAAAGUCGAAUCUUAUAUAUGCUAAGGUGAUGAAUGCACGCAAGUUUCCAGCUCGAAGUUGGAUUUAUGAUAGCAAUUGUGAAUACCACCAUAAAGUUAACUGCCGUAAUGCUAAAGAAGUAACUUAUAAAAUGUUUAUAAAUUACCUAAAGUUACUACAACGUUCGGGCUCAUUUUAUUGGCAUGACUUUGUUUCCGCUGACGAUGAUAAUAUUCAUUGUUGCCAGGUAAAUGACCAAAUCACAGAAGAAUCUGUAACUCCAACUGAAUUGAACUGUUCUCUGGAAGAGCUGUCAUUAAUAGAUACAGAAGUGUCCUCCACCACACUUACUAAUACUGAGUAGCUAUAUGGGAGCUUAAUUUUAAAUACGAGGACUUUUCCACUUUUUUUUUGAACUACUACUAAUAAGUACAAUAAAU